ACUGGAGUGCUGACUCUAUAAGAUAGAAAACAGAGACGUGAAGAAACAAAGAACCGUUAGCUGCAGCAGCAGUUAGUGGCGGCACACGGCGGAGACGAUGGCCCUGUCGGAGCUUUACAGCCUAAUCACCUCCGAUUGCUGGUCAUUUCUCACAAACAUUUCUCGCAAGACCCUUCGUUGCAGAGCAAGCGCAGAGAACCUCAUGGCCUUCGUCCGCGAGCUCCUCCCCAUCAUCGAGGAGAUAAAGUACACCGGCGUCGAGCUCCCUCCGCCGCGACAGUUUCAGCUCGACCGCCUCUCCGAGGUGCUCCGCUCCGGCGUCGAGCUCUCCCACAAAGCGCUCUCCUCCAGCCGCUGGAACGUCUACCGGAACUACCAGCUCGCGAAGAAGAUGGAUAGCCUCGAGAAGACUGUCAAGGAGUAUCUGAAGCUUCCCUCGCAGGUUCACAUUCUGGCUGACGUCAACCAUGCCCGGUUCGAGAUGGCUCAGCGGUUCGACCGGCUUGAGGAGUCGAACCGGCGGUUGGAGCAGUUCUUCGCCGGCAUGAAGAUUGGGGUUGGUGGUGGAGGGUGGGUGGAGGAGGCUGUGAGGAGUAUGGAGGAGGAUGAGACGUGGGUCGAGGGUAGUUCUGGGAAUUUGAGUGUGGGUUUGGAGUUGGGGAAGAAGAAGGUUUUGGAGAUGGUUGUUCGGAGAAAUGAUGUUUCGGUUGUUGGGAUUUGUGGGAUUGGUGGGUCUGGGAAGACCACUCUUGCAAGAGAGGUUUGCAGAGAUGAUCAAGUUCGAUGUCAUUUCAAGGAGAGGAUAUUGUUUCUGACUGUCUCGCAAUCACCAAACGUAGAGGAACUGAGAGCGAAGAUCUUUGGACACAUCAUGGGAAACAGAGGCUUGAAUGCUAAUUAUGCUGUUCCGCAGUGGAUGCCGCAGUUUGAGUGCCAAAGCCAAUCUCAAAUCCUGGUUGUUUUGGAUGAUGUUUGGUCACUCCCCGUGCUAGAGCAGCUUGUAUUGAGAGUACCUGGCUGCAAAUAUCUUGUGGUGUCCAGGUUCAAAUUCCAAAGAAUUUUUAAUGAUACUUAUGAUGUGGAAUUGCUGAGUGAAGGGGAUGCCCUGUCUUUGUUUUGCCACCAUGCUUUUGGACAUAAAUCAAUCCCCUUUGGUGCUAAUCAGAAUUUAAUCAGGCAGGUUGUGGCUGAGUGUGGAAGGCUUCCACUGGCUCUUAAAGUGAUUGGAGCUUCUUUGAGAGAUCAGAAUGAGAUGUUUUGGUUAAGUGUUAAAACAAGGCUUUCUCAAGGCCUAAGCAUAGGUGAAUCCUAUGAAGUCAAUCUGAUUGAUCGAAUGGCAAUCAGUACUAACUACCUACCCGAAAAGGUCAAGGAGUGCUUCUUGGACUUGUGUGCGUUUCCGGAGGAUAAAAAGAUCCCUCUAGAAGUUCUAAUCAACAUGUGGGUUGAAAUCCAUGACAUUGACGAAACAGAAGCAUAUGCUAUCGUGGUUGAUCUUUCAAACAAGAAUCUCCUCACCUUAGUGAAAGAGGCGCGUGUUGGCGGAAUGUAUAGCAGCUGCUUUGAGAUUUCUGUUACUCAACAUGACAUCCUGAGAGAUCUUGCUCUUAAUUUGAGCAACCGCGGUAGCAUUAACGAACGCUUAAGAUUAGUGAUGCCAAAACGAGAAGGAAAUGGACAACUCCCGAAAGAGUGGUUGAGAUACAGGGGCCAACCACUCGAAGCUCGGAUUGUUUCAAUUCACACAGGUGAAAUGACAGAAGGGGACUGGUGUGAACUGGAAUUUCCCAAGGCUGAAGUGCUGAUUCUUAACUUCACAUCCAGUGAAUACUUCCUACCUCCCUUCAUUGCAAGAAUGCCGAGUUUGAGAGCAUUGAUAGUAAUAAACUACAGCACUACAUAUGCUCACCUUCACAAUGUUUCAGUUUUUAAGAAUUUGAGUAACUUGAGGAGCCUCUGGCUUGAAAAAGUUUCCACCCCUCAAUUAUCAGGCAUUGUAUUGGAAAAAUUGGGAAAACUCUUUAUAGUCCUCUGUCAGGUGAAUAACAGUUUGAAGGGGAAAGAUGCAAACCUGGCCCAUAUAUUCCCUAAUCUCUCUGAGUUCACUCUUGAUCACUGUGAUGAUUUGACUGAGUUGCCUUCAAGUAUUUGUGGAAUCAAGUCACUCCAAAAUUUGAGUCUCACAAACUGCCACAAUUUGACCUAUCUCCCUGUUGAAUUGGGCACUCUCGAGUCUCUUGAGAUUCUUCGCUUAUAUGCUUGUCCUGAUCUGAAAGCACUUCCUUCUAGCAUCUGUGACAUGAUUAGAUUGAAGUACAUUGACAUUUCUCAAUGUGUUAACCUAACAUCCUUCCCUGAAGGGAUUGGUAAAUUAGUGAGCUUGGAGAAGAUUGAUAUGAGGGAAUGCCCUGGGGUUUGGAGUUUGCCAAAGUCUGUAGUGUCAUUACAGUCACUGCACCUAGUAAUCUGUGAUGAGGAAGUGUCUUGGAUGUGGAAAGAAGUAGUUCAGAAGGUCAAGCCAAGUGUCGAUAUUCAAGUGCCUAAACAGUGCUAUGAUCUGGAGUGGCUACAUGAGUGACUCUCGUCCAUGUUCUUGUGAUGUUUGAGUUCACUAUUCUUUGUAAAUACUUGUCCAUAACCUCCUUUUAAAAUGGAAACGGAAGUAAUCUUUCUCCAAAAAGAAAAAAAAAAAUGAUGGUAGAAAUCAUGGCAUGAUCUUUUGGCUAGCUGAAGUACCACAACAUGUGUUGUUUCAGCAUAAGUUCCCACAAUUGAUGCAACUUGCCAGCACUAAUAAUUCCUUUAUUAGUUAACGAACAAGAAUGUUAAUUUCUCAUAGCAUCUUUGGUUUUAGGUUUGAAUCUUCCACAGUCACUUCUUAUCUCACAAAAGCUAGCUUCUUUUGGAUCACUUAUCCUCCUAAUGUGUAAGUCCAUGUAUAUAGAAACAUUUUUACAAUUGAAUUUGAAUCUGAAGUCUGGAAUCAGUUUUGGGAGGAAA